CCUAUGGUGUUGAUACGUUUCUAUUAUUAUGCUUCUGUAAAUUGUUCGUGUUAUCAUCUGUGCCGGUCUGUGAUCUCGUUUUGGUUGUGAUAAGAAAUAUUUUGAAUCAGUAUUCAAUACACCUCACGAAGUUAUCUUGACAUGACGACCAAGGUCAGUUGAGAUAACCAAGGCCGAGUCGAGUCGGUCUCAUGUGUUAGAUCUUUCAGCUUGUCUCGGCGUAAUCAUUUUACGAGCGUUUCACUGAUUUUCGCCAGCUCGGUUUGCAUCGUAUUUACUUAGAAGACAUUUCGUCGCGAUCAUUCACACUGUCUUGCUCUUCGAGUGAAGCGUAGAAUCGCUGUCCUUCUCGCCACUUCAGUUCGAUCUCGUGGAAAUGGCUUCUCAGAAGAAAAAAGUCGCUAUUCUCGGCUCUGGAAACUGGGGUUCAGCUAUUGCCAAAAUUAUCGGAUCCAACACAGCUCGAUUAGACACGUUUGAAGACACAGUUAAUAUGUAUGUCUUUGAGGAAAUGGUUGAUGGCAAGAAGUUGACAGAGAUCAUCAAUUCUACUCAUGAAAACGUCAAAUACCUACCUGGACAUAAAUUACCAGCCAAUGUGGUUGCUGUGCCAGAUCCUAUUGAGACAGCCAAAGAAGCAGACAUUCUUGUGUUUGUUUUACCUCAUCAAUUUAUCCCUCGCCUUUGCCAGAGCCUUCUGGGGAAAAUCAAACCAAACGCUGUUGGUCUGUCUUUAAUCAAAGGUUUCGAUAAAGCAGAAGGAGGUGGUAUUGAACUGAUCUCCCACAUAAUCACCAAACAUCUUGGAAUCCCAGUUACAGUGUUGAUGGGGGCCAAUUUAGCAGGAGAAGUAGCAGAGGAAAAGUUCUGUGAAACAACCAUUGGUUGUAAAGACAAAGAGCUUGGACCCAUUCUACGAGAUCUAAUUCAGACUGACUACUUCAGAGUGAGUGUUGUAGAUGACACUGAUACUGUUGAAAUUUGUGGUGCUUUAAAGAAUGUUGUUGCCUGUGCAGCUGGUUUUGUUGAUGGUCUGGGCCUGGGGGAUAAUACCAAAGCAGCAAUCAUUAGAUUAGGUUUAAUGGAGAUGAUCAAAUUUGUAGACAUAUUUUACCCUGGAGCUAGACUGGGCACCUUUUUUGAAAGUUGUGGGGUAGCAGAUCUUAUCACAACUUGCUAUGGUGGUCGCAACCGAAAGGUGUCCGAAGCUUUUGUUAAAACAGGCAAGUCGAUAGAAGAAUUAGAGAAAGAACUACUGAAUGGACAAAAAUUACAAGGACCAAUUACUGCAGAUGAAGUAAACUAUAUGUUGAAAGCAAAAUCAAUGGAACCAAAAUUCCCACUUUUCACCGCUGUACACAGAAUUUGUGCUGGUGAACUAAAAGCAACUGAGUUGAUUGGGCAGAUAAAAAAUCAUCCAGAACACAUGGUGAAAUACUGAAUUCGUUACAAGGAGUUUAUACUUUCAUCGCCGAACGUAGAAAAUGAACUAAAGUUGAACCUUUUUACCGAUUUCACCUUUUUCAUUCAUAUGAUUCCUGUCCGUCAAUUGUCUUGAGCGUUGCUUUUCAGCAACCUCUCACACACACGUUGAUGUUGAAUAGCCUAUGAGUUAGUAUUCGACCAUAUAUUUCUCUGAUGCGUUUAUUUUUGCCUUAUUUUCAAUUAAGUCCUCUUUAUCUAAAUUGAGAUAUUAGGUUGAGCUACAUCGUCAUUUUCCAAAUCUAUUUUGUAAGCAAUGAAAUGAGGACAAGUUGUUUUCAGUGGACUUUGAGCUUUCAACAUUUUGAAGGACUUGAAUGGACCAUUUCUAUUCUCAAUGGUUUCCUCUCCCCUUCAAACAUUUUAUUAACAUUCCGUGUUUUGAUAAUGCAUCAUCAUAUUCAGUGAAAUCAAGAACUUCAGUGGAAGUUAGUCUCGGUUUGAUUUCUGUUCUUAAUUUUUUUUUUAAAUCAAAAUUUAACUUUAUUUUGUUGGCCAUAUUAGUAUUAAAAUAAUUGAUGUAGCAAACUCUUUUGAGUCAUGCUAAUGAUGCUGUGAUUGCUUUUGUGUCAAUUUCUCACUUCGAUGUUUCAGCUCAUUGUAGGUAUAGUUUUCCAAAGAGUAUCAAUUUAUUCUGUUGGCAUUAUUUGUUGUUGCUUCUCUAACAGUUCUUGCACCAGGAAAGCCCCACAUGGGUAACUUUAUGAUUCAGGGAGAUUCAAGGAGGUCUUUAAUGUAGCGUCACAAAAAGACAAUGUAUGCAAACCUCAAGUACAAUUCAAGGGUUUAACUUUCUAAUCACACCCUAGCAAGUUACUUUAAUGAUUUGCCACUGUAGAGAAUAUAAAAUAAGAAGGAACAAUCCUAAGAUUUCUGCAAACUUCAAGGAAGGUUAAGUCUACCCUAAAGUUUGCAAAAUCGGAAAGAUUUUUCCCCAAAUAUUUAGCAAUGUUCGUAGUGGCAAAUCAUUUUAACACUUGUCAAGGGUUUAUUUCUAAAGAUAUAUCGCAAAAUGUCAGUAGAAUGUAAAUGGGAAGUAAACAUUGUCCUUUUUAAAAUGCCAUGUUCAAGGCCUUAAUCACAGCAUCCCUGAGUUGCAAUGUAAACCAUACACGGCCUUCUUAAGGAAAGGAGCUUUUUAAGAGUGACUAUGAAUACGACCCUGCCACAUUCUUCACUAAUCUUCAACUUUCCAAAUUUUUUUUCCACUCCUAAAAUGAAGUCUUGUUUAUGUCAAUCAUGCCACAGCUUUUUGUCUUUUAAGGAAAGAAAAUUUAAGUACUCUCAAUGACAAAAAGAUACUCACUCAUGCAUCCACUGAAUCAAUGAUAUGUCAUGCAGCUUCUAAAAGUUAAGAUACGUGAUAAGUUAGCAUCAUAUCAAGUAAAAACAAAAUUUAGCCGGGCACUGAAUGCUUUGGUUAAGUGGAAAAUCCUGUAGGUAUCCACUUAUUCAAAGUAAAUUUAUCGUAUCAAACUUUUUAUAUCCUCGAAUACUGUCCUCAGUUUUGCAGUUUUUCAUUCAUUCAUGCAUGCAAGUCUACUGUUUCUGGCCCAAAAAAUCACCAACAGACUGUAUUUACUAAUUUUUGAGUUCUGGGUUUCUCUGUUUUGAAACUAUAUUGUUUCAUGGCAUGUACAAGUGAAAACGUUGCUUAAAUUUUUGAUCCCUGGAUAAUUUAAAAUUUUUGUCAUCCGACAGCAUGAGAUUGGAUCGUCGAGGUAUUGUGGUAACUUAUAUCUAUGUAUCCCUCAGCCUAAACGUUGCUUAAAUUUUUGAUCCCUGGAUAAUUUAAAAUUUGUGUCAUCCGACAGCAUAAGAUUGGAUCGUCGAGGUAUUGUGGUAACUUAUAUCUAUGUAUCCCUCAGCCUAAACUGGACAAAUCAUUUUGAAAUAAAACGAAUUUAAAUCAGA